CACAUUUCCAUGUACACUUCUCCCAGUUCCCAUAACCUAUAAUAAUAAUAAUAAUAAUAAUAAUUAUACAUCUUCUUCUUCCUCUUACAAUUGUUCUAUAUUUAUACAAAACAAUGAUCAUUAACGAAGAAAGCUCGUACUGCUAUUUUCACCCAAGAGAAGUUGUGGUAGGGAUUUGUCCACUUUGUUUGAAUGAAAGGCUUCUAAUCUUGGCUGCAAACCAAGGCCGUCGUCGCUCAUAUUCAUCGGCAAGAGGCAGCUCGAGCAGUAGUACUACUAGUUACCAAAAUAAUAAACGACCUCAUCAUCAGAACAAGAAGACUACUGCUCCUAAUAUUCAUUUUCCCAAGAUCUUCGAUUUCACUUCCUUGCUUCACCGCCUUGAAUUCAGGCCUUGGAAAUCUGAUUUUUAUCAGGAUGAUCCUGAUGUUUCAACCAGUCAAGAAGAUUCAUUCAUAUCAAUUAAGUUUGAAGAAAAUGGAGUGGCCUCGUGGGAGAAGAACAAGGCCAAUAAUAGCAACAAUGCUAAUGCUAACGGUGCUGUAGUGUCAAAAGUGUCUCUAGAGAACUGUAACAUGUCCUCCUGGAAUCACAGCUUUGGAAACAAGGAGACCAAGACUGUGGUAGAGCAUGGGAAGCCACGUGCCUCGUCGCUGAGGUGGCGGAAGCGGAUUGGACACCUGUUCCAGCUCACCCGAUGGAAGAGGUCAAACAAGGGGACAGUCUGCCACGUCAGCAGCAAGGUUGAAGGGGUCAAGGUAAGAAACAAGGGCUGGAUAAGAACUCUGACCACAAAGAAGAAGAAGACCAUGGAAUAAAGGCAUUUUGUAGAGAAAAAGUACACUACCCAAUGGUUUUUUUUCUUCUUUUCUUUUCUUUUUUCCUUUUUCCUCCCAGAAUAUAAGUAAAGUGACUGUAAAGUGGUGUAUUAUUGUUAGAGAUUAUAUAUGUGUUAUUAUAGAGUCAAAUUGGUACUAUAUUCAGCACUCUUCAAAAAUCAAUGUGUUCUGAUCUCUUUCCCUUUA